AAUUUAUAAACUCAUAGAAAAUCAGUAAAGUCAAAUGGUAAAUUCACAUGUGUAGGCACAAAACUAAGCCCCUUGUUAAGUGCAGCCACCUCAGGGGCAGAUAAAUCAUAAGGAGACAAAUUAAACACAUUAUUCACCUCAAUUUCUGUUGUCCUUUCCUGGGUACUGGACCCCAUUUUCCUUCCCCUCCUGCUUAUCUUUUGGCUCCUUGUUGCUGCUCUAAAAAAACUGCAGAGCUUUGUCAUGAGGUGCCUGAUACAGACUCUGUAAACGCUGAUAAACGCUUAGAGGACACCAGCUCCAGCACAUUUGGCUCUGUAUACAUUGUUAUAUGCUGAAUUUGCCUUCCUUCCUUGCAUGUAUAUACCUCCCCUCUUUCAUAGUCCUGCGUAUCACGUACACUCAAAUAUUUAUUAUUGUGCAACUCUAACUCUUUUAGGUUACAACGUGUUGCUUUGCAUAUGGUCUAACAUUGGUCUUACUACAAACUACCUCUUUAGGGUAUAACGUUACCAGGAUCUUAUAUUGUUGAAAUGCUACUGUGCAAUCAAACCUUUAUUAUUGUAUAACUAUAAAUAUAACACUGUGUUACUCUUUUUAUGUUUUUACCUUGAAAUAUAGUCUUACUAUCAACUCUUUAUGAUAUAAAGUUACCAGGAGUUUGUUUAACUAUGCAUUUCUGCAAUGGAUUUAUGCAGCAAUAUGGACAUUCUGUAUUAUACUGGACUUUGUUUUGGCAAUGGACCUUUUCACUUAAUCCUGGAUAUGGACUUAUCUUUGCUGUUGUUUUUUGGACAGUCUAAUAUUCUAAUUACUGUGGGGUGGAGUUAGUAGUUAACACAUUUAAGGUGUUGUGUGGGAUUGUACUGAUCACCUGAUGAAUGGGCCCGCCCCUGAAACGUUGUUUUGUUUUUAAUUAUUAAAAAUGUAUUUUAUUUCCUCAUUAUAAGUAACUGAUUAAACAGCAGGGAUGUGUUAUACCGUAAAGUGAAAGUACUGAUCAUUAGGGGGAGGAGAAGCAACGUAUGCGGCACAGGGAUGGGACAGUCAGAUCUCUCUCAGGGUCUGUCCCUAUGUAUCCUGCUCCUCUCGGCUUUAGGUGCUGUAAGUUCUGUAGAGAAUGUAACUGGGACUGAGGGCAAAUCUGUGUAUCUCACAGUGAAGUUGGAUCUCCCGGCACAACGGCAGGUUACAUGGAAGGUUAAUUCCAGCAUUCAGAUUGUAACUGCAUUACCUGGAGUCUCUCCUGUUUAUACUGACAGUUACAGAGACAGAUGCUCCCUGUAUGGGAACACAACUCUCCGGCUGGACAAUCUCACUCUCACAGAUACAGGGGAAUAUUCACUCUCUGUAACCAACCUGGAAACUGGAGCACCACCAGUGACAGGAUCAGUUUAUCUCACAGUUUACAGUUCACUUACCCCUCCAACUCUGAAAGUGAAUGUACCUACCACUAAUGGCAAUGCUUAUCCAGUUAAUGACACCGUUGUGUCCCUCCAUUGUGACGCUGGGGUUCAGAAUGUGGUUAAUUACACUUUUUACCGAGAUGGAGUGCCUGCCUGCUCCCAGCCCCAUGUGACCUGCAACAAAGACUUCCUGUACUUCCAGCCAAUCACGAUGAGUGACACCGGGAGAUACACCUGUAAAAUAGAGAACCCUGUCAGCAGUAACACCAGCCAGCCGCUCAGUCUAACAGUCAUAGCACGUGUAUCUGGGGUGGCACUGAGCAGUAAUGCAUCUGGGCUGCUGUGGGCAGGGAAGGAUUCAGUGAGACUCACAUGUUCAGCUCUUGGCACUAAUGUCACCUUUUCCUGGCACCUGGAUGGGGCACCAUUACCCACAAACCCCAGGUAUCACUUAAUGAAUUCCAACUCCAGCCUCAUUAUCAGCCCUGUGGAGAGAACAGACAAUGGAUCCUUUACCUGCACUGCCUCUAACAGUGUGAAUAGUGAGACCAGCAGCCCCCUGACUCUCAGCCUUGGCUGUCCACUUACCCUUCCAGCUCUGAAAGUGAAUGUAUCUACCACUAAUGGCAAUGCUUAUCCAGUUAAUGGCACCAUCGUGUCCCUCCAUUGUGACGCUGGGGGCCAGAAUGUGGUUAAUUACACUUUUUACCGAGAUGGAGUGACUGCCUGCUCCCAGCCCCAUGUGACCUGUGACAAAGACUUCCUGUACUUCCAGCCAAUCAUGAUGAGAGACACCGGGACAUACACCUGUAAAAUAGAGAACCCUAUCAGCAGUAACACCAGCCAGCCGCUCAGUCUAACAGUCACAGAACCUGUACCUGGGGUGGCACUGAGCAGUAAUGCAUCUUCUGGGCUGCUGUGUCCUGGGAAGGAUUCAGUGAGACUCACAUGUUCUGCUCUUGGCACUAAUGUCACCUUCUCCUGGCACCUGGAUGGGGCACCAUUACCCACAAACCCCAGGUAUCACUUAAUGAAUUCCAACUCCAGCCUCAUUAUCAGCCCUGUGGAGAGAACAGACAAUGGAUCCUUUACCUGCACUGCCUCUAACAGUCUGAAUAGUAAGACCAGCAGCCCCCUGACUCUCAGCCUUGGCUGUAAGUAUUAUGGGAUGCUUAUGACUAAUGAAAACAUUGAAGUUUCCUUUUUAUCUGUGGAUUAUAUUGAGGUGCCUGGUUCCAAUUUGAGUCUGGUGAGUAGGCUAAGGAGGGGCAGUGAAGGUUCAGCUGCAGUGCCCCAACAGCUAGUAGGCCAUAGGAUAAAGAUUGUCGAUAUCUGA